CUCUUUCAUAUGGAAGCUUAGCCGGUGGUUUUGACUGAGUUAUGUAUCUCUGGUGUACCUGAUUAACCCUGAGAAGUCCACCUCAUCCACCAUUUGUGAGAUGGUCGCCUUCCUUGCCAACUUCAGAGGUCUUCUAAAGUGUAAAUGUCUGAAGGGAGGCCAAGGCCUAGCUCUUGGACUAGUGGACAGCAGUUACAAUUUGGAGUAUUUUCUUCCAUUCGUAUGUGAUGGUUGUUCAGGAACAUUUUGCCUUGAGCACAGAAGCAGAGAGUCGCACGGCUGUUCUGAGGUGACUGUAGUCAAGGAGAGGCUGAAGUCAGAUACACAUGCAUCUUACCCAUGUGCGUUCAAGGGCUGUGCUGAGAAAGAGCUUGUGCCAGUGACCUGUCCGCACUGUGAGAAGAACUUUUGCCUGAGACACCGUCACCAGUCAGAUCAUGAAUGUGAAAAACUGGAACUCCCUACGCCACGCAUGGCUGCCACUCAGAAACUUGUUAGAGACAUUAUUGAUUCCAAGACAGGAGAGACAGCGAAUAAGCGACGGAAGGGUGCAAAAAAUAGCGCUACAGCUGCCAAGGUAGCACUGAUGAAAUUAAAGAUGCAUGCUGAUGGGGAUAAGUCACUGCCCCAGACGGAAAGAAUCUACUUGCAGGUGUUCUUACCCAAGGGGAGCAAAGAGAAGAGCAAACCCAUGUUCUUCUGUCACCGAUGGAGCGUUGGGAAGGUCAUCGACUUUGCAGCUUCUUCAGCCAGUCUCAGAAACGACAAUAACAAGUCCACGGCCAAGAAGUUAAGGCUCUGUCACAUGACUUCUGGAGAAGCGUUGCCCUUGGACCACACGCUGGAAGCCUGGAUGGCCAGGGAGGACUGCCCUUUAUACAACGGCGGGAACGUUGUCUUGGAAUAUCUUAGUGAGGAAGAACAGUUUUUAAAGAAUGUCGACGCUUACUUGGAAUAGUCAUUCAAGGAUUCAGUCCAGGAAUCAUGAGGAAAAUUCUAUGUGAAGUCAGUUUCUUUUACUACAAAUACUAUAAGUAUUUUUUUAAGUUGCUCUUACAUUUUUUUCAUUAUGUCAUAAUGUCCAUUAUCAGUUUUCUAUAAAUUGAAUUUAAAUUUUUCCUUUUAAAGUUUAACUAUGAAUUGACAGUUACUAGCAUGUCACCGUAUUUAAUUCGCUUU